AUGGCCUCUGAAAAAAUAACGGGUCAAGAGACAGUUACUCCUUCGGGUAUUCCUGGAAGAGGAGCAGGACAACUUGACAUUAAAGAUGAGGCUGGCAUCUUGGCUGCGAGAGCAUUAGCGUGCGGAACGGUAGACGAAGAGACCUCUCGAAAAGUUCGACGAAAGAUUGAUAUUCGCAUCUUACCUUUCCUAUGUAUUACCUAUGCUCUGAUGUUCAUCGACAAGACUUCCCUGGGUUACUCUUCCGUCUACAGAAUUAUACCUGACAAUAAACUCCAAGGCCAGAAUUACUCCUGGGCAAGUUCAAUCUUCUAUUUCGGCAUCGCAAUAAUUCAGAGGUUCCCAGUAGCCAAGUUCCUCGGAGCCAAUGUAAUACUAUGGGGUGCUAUCCUCAUGACGCUCUGUCUACUUGGACACGUUGGCUCUUAUGUUAAAUCCAUUUUCUAUCCUGGUGUAUACAUUUACCUUAUACUGGGAAGUCUUACUAUCGUAUGGGGUAUAGCCUUCACGCUCUUUGUACCUGAUGGCCCAGCAAGUAGAGUAAUCGGGAACAAGACCGGUACCAAAUCACGCCGCGUCGCCAGAGACCAGGUCAUAGAGGCUAUUACCGAUCCCAAAGUAAUCGUCCUGGGGUUAAUAUCAUUCGUCAAUGCUAUCGCGUCUGGAGGACUAAGCUUCGGCUCUUUGAUAGUCUCCGGGUUUGGAUUUGAUCCCCUCCAAACCACACUUUUAAACCUACCCAUUUCUGCGGUUCAGGUUAUAGCACAGCUCGGUUCUGGAGUUGUCAUUUCCUACAUCGGUAGUUCUCGUUUACACGUCGGAUCAAUAGCUAUGAUACCACCGGUGUGUACAAUUCUACAUUGUGGCGACAUGAUAGGCUCUUACCCCGUAGGGUUCCUGAUAAUUCUUGGUUUACUCGCAACCAACAUCGCAGGUAGCACGAAGAGAUCCGUAGCCUCAGGUUGGGUCUUCGUCUGUUACUGUGUCGGUCAAAUUGCCGGGCCGCAGUUCUUCGUGAGCAAAGAAGCUCCGGCCUACCAUGGCGGAAUUAUAGCCAUGCUCUGUGGCUUCAUAUUGAACUUGGUCCUGAAUCAAGUUCUGCGCUUCCUUUACGUCCUCGAAAACAAGAAACGAGAUAAGAUACUAGAAGGUAAAUCGGAGGAUGAGCUUAACGCGAUGGAAAGGGAGAGCAACUUGCAAGGUUUCGAAGACGUCUCUGAUAAGAAUAACGUUAUGUUUCGUUAUGCAUUAUAG